AUGCUUAUUCCGGCCGCGCAUCCUACUUAUUUUUGCUCCAUCUAUAUCUAUCUAUAUCUAUAUAUCUAUCUCUAUAUAUCUAUAUAUAUCUAUAUCUAUAUAUAUCUAUAUCUAUAUAUAUCUAUAUCUCUAUCUAUAUCUAUAUAUCUAUCUAUAUCUAUAUAUAUCUAUAUCUAUCUAUAUCUAUAUAUCUAUCUAUAUCUAUAUAUAUCUAUCUAUAUCAAUCUCUAUCUAUCUCUAUCUAUAUCAUAUCUAUCUAUCAAUAUCUAUCUAUAUCAAUAUCUAUCAAUAUCUAUCUAUAUCUCUAUCUAUAUCUAUCUAUAUCAAAUAUCUAUCUAUAUCUCUAUCUAUAUCAAUAUCUAUCUAUAUCUAUAUCAAUAUCUAUCUAUAUCUCUAUCUAUCUCAAUAUCUAUCUAUAUCUCUAUCAAUAUCUAUCUAUAUCUCUAUCUAUAUCUAUCUAUAUCUAUAUCUCUAUCAAUAUCUAUCUAUCUAUAUCAAUAUCUAUCUAUCUAUCUAUAUCAAUAUCUAUCUAUAUCAAUAUCAUCUAUCUAUCUAUCUAUAUCAAUAUCUAUCUAUCUAUAUCAAUAUCAAUCUAUCUAUAUCAAUAUCUAUAUCUAUCUCUAUCAAUAUCUAUCUAUCUAUAUCAAUAUCUAUCUAUCUAUAUCAAUAUCUAUCUAUCUAUAUCAAUAUCUAUCUAUCUAUCUAUCUCUAUCUCUAUCUAUCUAUAUAUCUAUCUAUAUAAACAUGGUCUGUGGUUAUUUUUAA